ACGUGAGGCUCCAGUCGUUCUCCAGGAGACAAGUCUCGUUGAGUAAAGACGUCAAAAAUGCGAAGUGACUAGCUGGGAGCCAAGACAGAAAACUAGGGAAUGGGAGAAAGCUACUGUACUCGGAAACAUUAAAUCUUACUGAUCAGCGUGGCCCACGUUUUCCUGAUUGCUCCAGAAUAGCAGAUGGUUGAGGGAGAUAUCCACCAGGGUGUACCCUCAAGAUUUAACUGUUUCCUUACUGAUAAAGUGGCCUUAUGAAUAGGAAUGCCUGCCCAGACACCAGAAUUGGAGAUGAUGGAUGAAGAUCGGCUAAUUGAAGAAGUCUUGGAUAAGUUUGUUAAUUGUCAUGAGCAAACAUAUGAAGAAUUUCUGAGAACGUUCACUCAUCUUUCACAAGAUAAUAUGACCAAAAGAGAAGCCUUUGGAACUAAUUCUUCAGAAAACAAUUUUACUUCAAAAAAAUUUACUCAGAGAAAUGAACCAAAUGAUCGCCGUCUUAGCAAUAAAGCCAUCUUUCUUCGUACUUCAUCACAGUGUUCGGAAGAGGAGCAGAUAAUGAUAGAUGAUGGCCAAAAAGCUGGCAGUUCCUUUCAAGGUGAUCUGAAUCGAGCAGGGGAGGUGAAGGUAGACAAUUUCCUUGAUAUAGAAGAUUUAGACCUGGCUGAAGAGAUUAAUCCCCAACUGAGCAAGGACGUGCUGCUGCUUCCAGGAGAAGUGGAGCAAGAAGUGAGCUUGAGUGUUCCCUCUUACAUUCCUUCUGUGGCUGUCCAGCCUGUCACCCCUGGAACGAAGCCCCGACCCACCGUGAAAGCAGCAGAUAAACAAAGCAAAGAGAUCGUUGGAGACGAAGUUCAGCCCUUCUCGCUUGAUGAAGAAUUCGAUUAUGAUGCAGUGGUACUAACCCCCAAGUUCACUCCUGCAGAGAUGAAUGCCAUCAAAGAGCUAUCCAAGCAGAAGACAAAGAGCGCAGACUUAGAGGACCCCCAUGACUGAUCCACCCAGACCUCUUUACAUUUAUUUUUAUUUUGUUCUUAUUCAAGCAACAUGAAAUUAAAAGAGAAACCUGUUGUAAUCCCCUUUA